GGCACGGCGGCUCCCGGCUCGCCUCGCCUCCCGCCGCGGGGGAUAAAGGCCCCGGGCCCCCGCUCGGCUCCGCGCCGCCGGAGCCGCUGGGCGGGCAGCGAGGGCCGGGCCGGGCCGUGCCGGGCGGCGCAGCCCCCUCCAUGCGCCUCGCGGGCGGCGCCGGGUCCCCGCGGGCUGGGGGCUCCCCCCCCGGCAACGGCAGCCGGUGGCGGGCGGCGGAGGGCGGCGGAGGGAGCAGCGGCAGCAGCAGCCCGAGCCCCGAGGAGGCUUGGUCGGGGUCCCCCAACGGCAGCCUGGGCGGCUGGGACCCGUUCGGGCGCGACGAGGAGCUGGCCAAGCUGGAGAUCGCCGUGCUGGCCGUCACCUUCGCCGUGGCGGUGGUGGGCAACGGCAGCGUGCUGCUGGCGCUGCGCCGCACGCCGCGCAAGGCGUCCCGCAUGCACCUCUUCAUCCGGCACCUCAGCCUGGCCGACCUGGUGGUGGCCUUCUUCCAGGUGCUGCCGCAGCUCUGCUGGGAGGUCACGCACCGCUUCCACGGCCCCGACGGGCUCUGCCGGGUCGUCAAGCACCUGCAGGUCUUCGGCAUGUUCGCCUCGGCGUACAUGCUGGUGGCCAUGACCGCCGACCGCUACAUCGCCGUGUGCCACCCGCUGAAGACGCUGCAGCAGCCCACCAAGCGCUCCUACGGCAUGAUCGCGGCCGCCUGGGCGCUCAGCCUGCUGCUCAGCACCCCGCAGUACUUCAUCUUCUCCCUCAGCGAGGUGGAGCGCGGCUCGCGGGUCUACGACUGCUGGGCGCACUUCAUCAUGCCCUGGGGGCCCCGCGCCUAUGUCACCUGGAUCACGGGCGGCAUCUUCGUCGCGCCCGUCCUCAUCCUCGCCACCUGCUACGGCUUCAUCUGCUACCACAUCUGGCGCAACGCCCGCGGCAAGGCGCGGCCGGGGCAGGCGGCGGGCGGCGGGCGGCGGGCGGGCGGCGGCGGGGGAGCCCCGGCCCCGCGGCGGGGGCUGCUGCUCGCCCCCUGUGUCAGCAGCGUCAGGAGCAUCUCCCGAGCCAAGAUCCGCACCGUCAAGAUGACCUUCGUCAUCGUCUCGGCGUACAUCGUCUGCUGGGCGCCCUUCUUCACCAUCCAGAUGUGGUCCGUCUGGGACCAGCGCUUCCCGUGGCUCGACUCUGAAAACACUGCUACUACAGUCACUGCUCUCUUGGCCAGCCUGAACAGUUGCUGUAACCCGUGGAUCUACAUGUUCUUCAGCGGGCAUCUCCUGCAAGACUGCAUACAGAGCUUCCCUUGCUGCCAGAAAGUGAAGCAAACGCUGAGUAAGGAAGAUUCGAACAGCAACAGCAGGCGACAGACUUCUUUUACCAACAACAGGAGCCCAACCCACAGCUUGAACACCUGGAGGGAGUCACCCCACUCUAAGUCGACCAGCUUCAUCCCCAUUCCCACCUGAGAAGACACCGGGCAGGCAGGCCCCGCAGCCCGGUGGCAGCACUCGGGAAGGUUAUGGCAGAGCACCUCAAGCUGGUCAGGGGCACCGGUUGUGGCAGCAAGGAAUGGCUGAGAUGGCCCCAAGAUGAAAUGCCCUGCCUUGCUCAAUAAGCUAUUCUGCAGCCUGUAAACUACUGUAUGAAACGUAUCUGGGACUUGGGCAACCCAUCAGGGAGGCACGACAAUAAUAAAGCAAUUAUUUUUCUAAAUAGAAUUUGUUAUUAAUUGUAUUUUUUGUUUCUAAGAUAAUAAGUGCAUUGUUUGCUUGCUCAAAGCAGUAAAAAUAGCAGAGUUGACAUGCUUUGGGAUAACCCCACUCUCUAGCAUUAAUGCCUAUAACUUCUUACACAGAGAAAGAAGAUGAUAAAAGUUAAGAUCACACUUCAGUCGUAAACACAAACAGGAAGGAGUCGGAAGAAAGUCCUAACUGUCCAGAUAAGGAACAUGAUUAGACAGGCUCUAAAUUAUUGGGAAUCUUAUUGACCAUACUGCUUUAUCCAUUAAAGCAAUUUCAAAAUGUUAGUAAUUCUCAUUUAAUGACAACAUGUUUCCUUGUGAAGGAAAAUCCGUAACUGCUGUCAGUGUCUGCACGUGGAUUGUGGAGUUUGAUUUUUAGGGUGAAAUUUCUUUUUCCCUUCUUGUUGGUGGCAGUUAUAUGGCAUUUUUGUUUGUAUUGUUGCACCUACAUCUUUAUAUCUUUUUUAACUAUUAAAAAUAUAUUUUGGUAAAUUAGUAUGGUAAACUAUGACUAGCUCAGCACUGUUGCAGACAGACCAAGAAAUCUCAUCUUGACUACCAGAAAUGCUUGCUUUGUGGGAAAGAAUCGUAUCUUUUGUUUGUUCACAAAGACAGCUAGAAUUGAGCCACAUUUGUUCUUUAAGCAAAAUAGCUCCAUAAAUUCAGGGGGAUGCUCUUUGGUAAUGGCUGCAGAAUCAGUACAUUCCAAGACACAGAUUUGAGAAUCAAGCUUGCAAAUCUUCUGGAAAUAUGUAAAAAUUGUCAAUGUUAUUUAUUACUUUGUGGCAGGUCAUGACAAUGUAGGCUGUGAAAACAGCGGUAAACUGCAAUAAAGUCACCACAUCACAUGUACUAUCAAUCAAGCAUUCAGAGUGUGCUUGUCUUCACUACAAUGCAUGCCAAGCCAAAUAUAGCUCCUACAGCUUCUAAAUAAUGUUGUGUCUUUCUGUGGAUACUGUGCUUUUCCUGGGGAGUGGAUUUUGAAGCUCCUUGAGUAAUUUCUGCUGAGUUUUCAAAGUCCUGAGAAUCUCUUUCAGAUGUUCUGCAUUUAGAGUAGUGAAACCAAAAAGAGACCUGGUGGUGUUCAGUGGGCAUCUGCAUGAUGCUCUUCCUCUGUUCCGCUUCAUUUUCCUCAGCUGUCUGGGUCCUGAAAUCCAGUUGUUCCCCUGGAACUGUGCAGGAAUCCAGGCACGGUUCCAGCUGGCCCUACAGAGGGCACGUGCACGGCAGGAACCUCAGCAGCACGUUUCUUUUUUUGCCCUCCCUCCCCCAAAGUCAGGCAACCAAGAUUGCUUUCCUAAUUGCUUAAGGAGAAAAACAAGGGGCUGCAACUAUGGCUUUUGCUGAGAUUGGUGCUGGCCCCAUGCCUCUCUCAAUAAUGAUAGCAGAAAUUAAUAGACCUAGAUGAAAGAUAAAACUAUAUUCUACCCAGCUUCAGGAGCUGCCAGAUGUAUCACUGACUAUUCCUGGCAAAGAAAAACAAAUAAUAUGGCUCAAAAAUAAAAAAUAAAAUAAAAUAGAAAACAUUUUUGUUGUCACAAAAUAAAAUAAUAGCUCUUUUCUCUACAUUUCUUGUCAGCAUUUUCUGCUCUCUGCGAGAGCAAUCUGUUCUAGUAUUUUGUUGGUGGUAUCUAAAACACUAGAACCAAACGGACAGCACGGUGGAAGGGCUUUUAUUUAGCAGGCUGUCUUUUUGACAUGGAUAUGACAACAGUUCUCACCAGUUAUGGGUGAAGGUAUAUGACAAUUAAGUUAUAUUUUAGUUCAAAAAUGCAUGCAAUGGUGUUGUGUGAGUGUAUUUGAGCACAUUAUAUAUACUGCAUAUAUUUCACAAGUUGAUAAAUCACAAAUACUGAAAUUGCAAAUGUUUUAAGUACACUACUCUUUGCCUAGUUUUAUAUUUGUGUUACUACUUUCUCUGUACAUAAAACAUGUAUUAAAAACAAUUAGCUGUACUGACAAAAUUUUCAUGUUUGCUGAAUUAUUUUUUUAUUAAACUUUUUAUUCAAACAGAGAUGAUGGUGAGAAAACAAGUGCACAAUAAUACUGAUUAUAAAACUAAGCAGGGUAAUGAUCAAUAAAUAAAAAGAGUAAACCAAUUCAAAAUGAUAAUUUUCAAUUUCGUCCAAGUAUGUUACACAACCUAGGCUUACACUUGGGGCUUGUCAGUGUAAAUGUACUCCAUGAGUGUUCUGUUUCUGUAUUAAAUCAAUAAAAUACUUUUGGACUAUUUGGAUUCCAGGCAUUUUUGUAAAUACUGAAUUUUGUUUGUUGUUGUUUUUCUUUUUCACAUAAUUGUAAUCUAUAAUUGAUAACAGCACAUAUUUUUAUAAUUGUUCAUUUUUAGAGCACCAUUUUUUUUUUUUUUUUUUUUUUUUUUUUUUAACAGCUGCCUUGGGUUAUCAUGAGGGCACAGUAAUGAGAAUGGAAGGAUACAAGAAAUUGUGAAACCAUUGCACGUUUAAAAUGUGACAACUUGCUCUAAUAAACCUGUAUAUAAUUGAUGAGAAA